GCCCAACAGAAAAGAAAGGAAGUUUGCUAACCCUGAUCCUUCAUUGCUUUCAUUGAGCCCAGAUAAUUAAGAACGAUAGGCCCAGUAAAUAGCCCAGAAGCAAUGGCGGUUCGACAAAGAUAUUUUGUUACGUUUGACGUUAUCCUAUGUUCAUGCAUGCACACGUCAACGUCGUAAACUUGACUUGGACCAGUGUUUCGGUUUCAUGUACUUAUCACUUUCCAUGGCAUGUAAUUAGGGGUGGGCAAACGGCUCGGUAAACCCGAACCGAACCGAAACCGAAUUAAACCGAACCGAAAUUGAAUUAAUGCUAUUCGGUUCGGAAUCCGGAAGGAAAAUAUGGAUAGUUCGGAAACCAGGGUUCUUUCAACCGAACCGAAUUUCCAAAUUUUUGACCGAAAAACCGAAAUACUAUAAUUGCAAGCUCCAAAUGGUGGAUUUUAUGUUUGUAGUUGUUUUUAGACUUAAAUAUUUGAAAUGUUUUAUGACUUAUGUGUUGAAAAGUUUGAUUUUAUCAUUGAUGAUGCAUAUAAUUGAUAUUUAUUGUUUAUAUUAGGGUGAAAAUAAUUUAAAAGUGAGAAAAUACCAGUAGCUUCACAAAUUCGGUUUUGGGUGAAAAACCGAACCUAACCAAAUUAUAAUUCGGUUUAAACCGACCGAACCGAAUUAUAAUUCGGUGCGAAUUCGGUUUGAGGUUUGGGAGAAUUCGGGGACCCAGUAUUCAUAAUUUCAGUUCAUUCAAAACCGAACCGACCGAAUGCCCACCCCUACAUGUAGUCAUCCAGCUUCCUCCUAAACCCUAAUGCAUAACAUCACCGUAUCUAUCUAUUGACCUUUCUUUGUCUUCACCUACACAAACAAAACUUCUUUUUUAGCACGAAUUUCUGGAGAUAAAUAUUUUCUUUGCGAUGCUAAAUAUUUUUUAUUUUAAUUAUUUAUAUUUCUUAUCAUAGUGGAAGACAAUUAAUCUUAAAUCAACAACAAAACGUUCUGUUAAGCCUGUGUUGUAGAAAACUAAUUAGCAGCCUGUUUUAAGCGAAACCAACCAGCCUAAUCCAUUCUGUGGGCAAAGAAAGCAGGUCAUAGGAGAGCGGGGGAACGAGUGCCACGUCACGUCUGCCAACCAUGAAACGGACUUGGACAACAUACGACUUCUUCUCUGUUCUGUUCCGAUGACAACAAAAUCCGCCAUCACUUGGGGGAGAAAACAUUAAAAAUAGGAAACAAGAUAAGAUUGUAUACUACAAAUUUUGUGAUAAGAACAAAGGAAGGAAGUGGAAGAUAGGGCCUACACACACUCCCCACCAUAAUCUCGGCCAUAUAUACAAGCAAUAAACUGCUUGGGUCACAAAUCGAAACUCAAGUCUCAGAAUUUGGAGGUGAAAGAUCAAGAUCAUCAAAUCAAAUCAAUAAUGGGUUCGUUAAUGGCAGGAUGGGACUCCCCUCCCAAAUCAGCGAAAUUCGAGAGGAAUCAGUCCCUGACCAAAGAAGAGAUCGACGCCUACUGGAAUCUCAAGAAGAAAAUCCAAGACGAACACCUCAGGGCUCUCUCUCCUCGAUCUGCCGAUGUUGGGUCACCGUCGUCCGUGUCGCCGCCGGGGGAUCGGUUGGUGAUGGGAAAUAUGCCGGCGAGAACGAGGUCUUUGCCGGCGGUGGUCGGGGAGGCAGCGGCGGCUAGGGAGAGGGUGGCGGCGGGCGAAGAGGAGGAGACACUGAAGAGGUUCAUGAUGGAGAAGAAGAAGGAAGGGUGGUGGACGAGGAGCAACUGGGCUUUCUUGAACGAGCCGCCAGUGAUUGAGCGGGCCUCCAACAGUUAUCCGGCCCAGUUCCACAUCGCGACCAACCCGAGGAUUAGCACCCACUAGUUUAGGCAGGAAGAAAGUGACGAUGAGAUCAAAUCUGUAAAUAAGGAAGCCUGCCUUUUAGUUUUGGGUGUGGUAUGUUUUAACUUGAUUUGGUGCAUUUUCUUUUCAAGUUUUGUUUUUUUGUUUUUGUUUUUUUUUUUUUGUAUCUCCUUUGCUUUAAUGUUUUCUUUGUUGUUGUUGUUGUUGAGAUCUGUAAGAAAGUGUGCUGAUUUUAAUUGAAUAAAUAAAUGAGCACCAUUGCGAAGACAGGUUAAUAAGUGAUCAGGGUUUUGUUGCAUGCAAUUCAAUGUUAUAUCUUCCAUUUAUAGACUAUGGAUUCACUAAUGAACGUGGAACCACCCGAUCAAAAUGACAAAGUGGAAUGUCAAUUUUCCCCAAUUAAUCGGGAAAUCUACAAUUAGGAUGAUAUCUUUAAAGAGUUUUGACAAAUCGACUAUUCGUCAAACUCAAUUCGAUGAACUCUUCUUCGAAAGCAGGGUGCAGGGCUGAGGAGGGGUGGCAUUAGAGGGUUGCACGUGAUUGGAGGGAGGGGAUGCCCAUGCCCCGUGGAAGAGCAUAUCGAUCAGGAUGUCAAAAGUGAUGGGCCACAUUAGUCUUUCGAUGAUAUAAUGCAUAAAUCCUCGCCUCUUAAACAAUCUCGUCUGCGAGAUUGCGCUUUAUUUGUAUCUCCUCCUUUGUCUCCCUCUUCGAAAUUUUGAAUCAUGACGAAUAUAUUUACGUUAGCGCAAGAUGCCCAUAAGUGUAACACUCAUCACAACUAUAGCAUAAUACAUUUUGGCGACAUUUGGCAGCUUCUUCUAGCGCCAUGUUGCGAAAUGUGACAUCCCUAGCGGCAGCGCCACGAUAGGCUCGAAAGCAAGUAAAGGAGCCGCUCUCGACGAACCCACUGAUGGGCCACGCUCCAAACGGAGUUUCUCUUCCCAAAUUUUUGCCAGAUGAGAAGCUUCUCCCUUAUUUUGCGGCUCAAAUGUUGUAAUGUAGGCCGAGAUCUCCCGCUUCAAUCCCCCUAUGUACGAGCCCGUAAUUGGCUCUUUAGCUUACCCACAACAACGAUUUAAUAACUUAUGAAACGUUUAUUGGUAGUCAUCCACCGACCCAAUCUGUCGUAUAUUUGCUAAAUGCUCCAUGACAAGAUGAUUUUUACGAGGUUCCAUACAUCAUCUAUAGUUCCACUUGCAAAUCUUUCAUAGUCAUCCCAUGUUUAGCAAAUUCAUCCUCAAGCCACAUGAUCGUUGAUUUGCAUCCCCUUUCAUAGAUACAUGUCUAAUGUCACUUUAUGCUCCUCGGGAAUACACUAAUAUAUAAAUAAUUCUCGAAUCAAGAAAUCCAUCCUGAUGGCUCCUCUUAUCCCGUAAACUUGGGAAGUUCAAGCGACGCAAUUCGCCCAGGGAACAUAUGACUUGACUAAGCUCUUCGUAGUAUCGUGCCUCCAGUCGACCCCAGUCACAACUUUGUUCGUGUGGCGAGUGAAGAGAGCGGUAGUAGAUCAGGAUUUUGGUGUUUUGUUCGUGUUAUUUAUUUUAAAUGUAAAUAAUAGAUACUUGGAAAAUGU